AUGGACCUUGCGAUACGGACAGAGCAACCCACUACUCCUACGGUUAUUAGCUCUCUUGAAGAGAAGGCUAAAUUUGAGAAAUGGGAACGCUCUAACCGCAUGAGUCUUAUGAUCAUAAAGCGUGAAAUUCCGGAGGUGUUCAAGGGUGCUGUGUCUGAAGACACCACCAAUGCUAAAGAUUACCUUGCAGAAAUUGAAAAGCGUUUUGUUAAAAGCGAUAAGGCUAAAACAAACACUAUUCUUAAGAGCUUGAUUUCAAUGAAGUAUAAGGACAAUGGUAAUAUAAGGGAGUACAUCAUAGAGAUGUCUAAUCUUGCAUCAAAACUUAAGGCACUAAAGCUUGAUUUGCAUGAGGAUUUACUUGUGCAUCUAAUUCGGAUUUCUCUUCCAGUUCAAUUCAACCACUUUAAGGUUAGUUUUAACUGUCAGAAAGAAACGUGGAACUUGAAUAAAUUAAUUUCUUAUUGUGUUCAAGAGGAAGAGAGAUUAAAACAAGAAAGGACAGAAUGUGCUCAUCUGGCAAGCACCUCUAGGGAUAAGGGCAAGAAAAGGAAGAAUGUUGAUGCUGCUCAGGGUCUAAAUGCAAAGAAAAAGGGUUAA